AUGGCCCCAGCUGAUGCACCAGUGGAGUGGAUCGGUGCCAAAGAACCGUCCGUGUCAAUGCUUACUGAGGCCCUAUCCCAUUUUGCUAGCCCACAGAAUGAAUCACAUACGUCAACAUAUGCUAAUUCGAGAACGACGAAUUUGGAAGCUGUGGGCGAUAUCAAGACAGCCCCUGCCCUCACUCGAGAUAGGAGAGGCUCAGGACGCGUGACCGAACUGGAAACGGACGGUUGA